AUGGAUACCGGGUUGAACACCGAUCCCGCUUUUCUCAUUGACUCCGAAUCAGACCAUGGCCUGGAUUCAGAUUCCUCAACAGACUCCGAACACGGUCAAGGGACCAUCGAGUACUGGAAGCAGCAAUUUUCAAGGCAACUUGACGGCAUAAAAACGGUGGGCAACUUUGCGGCCUCGAAGCAGUAUUCCGCCUUCGCCAAUCCUGGACUUGAAGCACCGUUCGGGCGCGGGGACGAGACUCUGGUCGAUGAGAACGUCCGCAAGACCUGGGAGCUCAGCAACGACCAGUUUAAGCUCGCGAAUCCGGCAUGGCCUGGGUUCUUCGAGACCGUGUGCCAAGGCGCGUCGGCAAGCCUGGGGAUUCCAGGGGUACGGUUCGAGCCCUAUAAGUUACUGCUCUACGAGGAGGGAUCUUUCUUCAAGCGUCACAAGGACUCCGAGAAGAUGCCGGGCAUGAUCGGGACGCUCGUCGUGUGCCUCCCCUCGCAACACGAGGGCGGCGAUGUUCAUCUGGGGCUUGGCGACAAGCAGAGGACGUUUUCCACAAGCUCCGCUUCAGCAUUCGAUAUCACAUCCCUUGUGUGGUUCUCAGAUGUCACUCACGAAGUUACAAGGUUAACUUCGGGCUACCGUCUUGUCCUUACGUAUAACAUUGUCAAGAACCGCUCAAGUGUGCCAUCACCUCGGGCCGUCGUCAAGCAGCAAGAGGACGUAGGCGGGUUUCUCAGCUCAUUGAGUGAACAGUUCAAGGAAGUCGAUCACCUGGUUUACCCGUUGGAACAUAAGUAUACCGAGUCAAGUCUGUCUCUUCGGAACAUGAAGGGGCGUGACCAAGCGGUGUGCAAUUGUCUAGAACGGCAGAGCUCCAAGCAUGGGUGCUACAUUCUCCUAGCUAACUUGACGAAGACACAUGAGCCAGGCGAUAUGUAUUACGAUGAGGAAGACGAACGCGAGACCAGCUUGACGCUCGAUUGCGUCGUUUCAUGCGACGGCGACCUAGUUGCGAGCGAUGUUGAUAUCGAAAUGGCCGACAUACUCGGCCAUAUCCGGUACGCGCAUCGAGACGCGGAUAGCGAGGACGAGGGCGAGUUCACAGGCAACGACAGCAUGCCGUCCAAAUACCGUUACCAUGACUCGGUCGUGGUGAUAAUUCCAACAACGCGCUUCCAUACGCUGCUUGGUACCUAUCGCUCUGACUCGGAGACUAGGAACAUGCUCAAAGUCAUUGAAGAUGACUUACUAAAGCACCCGGAGGAUCAAAGGACCCGGAAGUUUGCACUUGAGUUCUUGGCGAAACAGCUCACCAUUGCAACGUCCCUGGGUGGUGCAACACUGGCCUUGAUCGCGCAGUGGGCUGUGAAACUGGGUCAUCAACAUCUCUUACACAGUGCCAUCCGCCAAUCGGUUCACAUACGGGCUUGGGACCAUGUGUUCCUAGCUAUUGCUGCCAUUAUUAACGAUGGUUUCCGUCAAAACUCGGGGCUUCCUGAGUGGAGUGUAUGGCUCAAUGAAUUUGUGAAAGCGUCUCGGAGCCUUACAGAGCUAGGCAGCAUAUUGCUGAGCCUUGACUUGCAGCUUAGUGAAGGCCUGCGGCCAAGUUUCAAGGCUUGGCAGAGUUUGCAAGAGGAAAGACAGCUGGAACAGAAGCCAACUCUCCUGCUCAAAAAGAGUCAAGAAGGCAUAAACCAGGCCGAAAGGGACAUGGCCCGUGAGAUGGCUGAAGUGAUCCUGGAGAGCACAGUCUCCAAACUACCCCUGAAACUCGCCGAGAUAGCUACUUGUGGUGGCUGGGAUUUUGCGCAAGCGCCUACCACUCCGAAGUUCCUUAUCAAACAGGAAGCUUUGAGAUACCCCACCAAUUUCCUGCUCCUCGUCGAUUCUUGUUUCCGCCACCCACACCAGCUCCGUAAUAUGGCCAAGGAGCUCCUGGAAUCGACAUGUGCGCCGCUGGUCGAAUCUCAGCGCCACUGGCCGGACCGGAUCGGCUCCGUCGACGAGUUCCUAAGCACCAUCAUGUUGGUUUAUAACAGAAAUACGCAGUCGCUUUCGCCGACUGUGAAGACCUUCUGGGCGGCUGUGUUUCGCACGUACGUGAUCGGGGCCGUGCCCGCCUAUCCCAAACAGCUCCCGGGCCUGCAGCACAGGGCUCGCGGUUGCAGUGAUGCGUCUUGCCGCGAUUGCCGCGACUUGGACGAGUUCCUGCUCUCAACCACCCAGCGGACGUUUGAGCUGAAAGCCAACGAGAAGAGCAGACGCCACGUCGCGGAUCGCCUCCCCGGUGGGUUGUACAGCAAUAUUGUGUUCAAGAUCGAGACAAACACUCGAUCCAAGUCGCCCUAUACCCUCAUAGUCACCAAGAUGCCCAGCAAGGAGUUUCAGCAUGACCUCGCUAGCUACCGCCGCCAGGUCGCAGUCAUCAGGGACAAGGUCGAGCCCUACCGGCAAGACUACAUCAACAAACUCCUCGGGGACGACAUGUACGGCGAGCUCAUAAUGCUGAACCAGAUCCGGGAUGUGCCAGCGUCGACCACUUCGGGCGUGGAGAGGAAGGCUCUCGACGAGCUACCGAACUUGUCUUCUUCGCGAAUGCGGUUCGGCUAG